AUGUCUGACCUUAAACCAACUGUAGUGAUUGAUUGUGGUUCUGGAUUGUGCAAGGCUGGUUUUACAGGUGAUGAUGCACCAAGUGCUGUGUUUUCAUCGGUGGUUGGUUGUCCCAAACAUGGUGGCUUCAUGGUCGAUAAGGGUCUAAAGGCUUACUAUGUUGGCGAUGAAGCUCUAGGGGCCUAUGGCGACAAGCUUAUCGUCAAUUACCCAAUUCAACGUGGUCUCAUCACCAACUGGGAUGAUGUGGAGAAGAUAUGGGAUUACGCAUUCAAUCAACUCAAUGCCAACCCAGAGGAACACGCCAUUUUGCUCAGUGAAGCACCACUCAAUCCAAUGGGCGACCGUGAAAAUAUGACUCAAAUCAUGUUUGAAACGUUCAGCACUCCAGCCUUUUACCUUGGCGUCCAAGCUGCCCUCUCACUCUACGCCACUGGCACCACGACUGGCAUUGUCUUGGACUGUGGUGAUGGUGUCACGCACGCUGUUCCCAUCAACCAAGGGUAUGCCAUCCAGGGGGCUGUGGUCAGUCGCAAUAUAGGUGGUCGCGAUAUCACAGACUACAUGCUCAAGAAUCUCGUCAAGCGUGGCAACACAACAGCCACAAUGGAAAUCUCCCGUGACACCAAGGAGAAACUCUGCCAUAUUGCUCUCGACUAUCAUUCGGAAAUGCAAGCAGAUGCCUCUUCAACACAAUUUGAAAAGCAAUAUGAAUUACCAGACGGUCAAGUCAUUGCCAUUGGCAAUGAACGGUUCCGUUGUCCAGAGGCUCUCUUCCGACCAUCUCUUGUCGGUAUGCAAUUUGAUGGUAUCCACCAAGCCACCAACCAGGCCAUCACAAACUGUGAAUUUGUUGAUGUUCGUCAGAAGCUCUAUGCAAACGUGGUCCUUGCUGGCGGUUCCACAAUGUUUUCGGGAAUGGCCGAACGAAUGGAAAAGGAACUCUGUGCUCUUGCUCCAUCCAGGGUCAACAUUAUUGCACCGCCAGAGCGUCAAUAUUCUGCCUGGACGGGUGGUUCCUCGCUUGCUUCCCUCUCCACCUUUCAAGACAUGUGGAUCUCCAAGGAGGAGUAUCAAGAAACAGGACCUUUUAUUGUCCAUUCAAAGUACAAUUUACAAAUUGAUUGGAUUGGUCAGUUCAAUUAA